AUGCUCCAUACAUUGUUCCGAACUGGACUAGUAUUGAAACAACGAACCGCACAAAUGACAAUCUCCACAUCAUCCAAAAGGCAGGAUCGGUACAGGGAGCAAGUAGAGGCCCAAUUGAGGGAAAACCAAGAAGGUUUGAAUGCUUUGACACAUACCGGGUCGCAGGUGACUUUCGAGGUGGACCCGAAAGAAACACCAAAGCCAGACCCUAACAUGAAGGUCUUCUUCUUCGACAUCGAUAACUGUCUGUACAAGAGAUCCACCCGGAUCCACGACCAAAUGCAAGUUUACAUCCACGAUUAUUUCAAAAACGAGCUGGGUCUCGACGAUGAUACGGCCUGGAACUUGCACUACAACUACUACCGCGAGUACGGGCUUGCCAUUCGCGGCUUGGUCAAGCACCACGACAUCGAAGCCCUCGAGUACAACAAGAUGGUCGACGACGCGCUGCCCCUGCACAACAUCCUUAAACCCGAUCUCGCGCUAAGGGCCACGCUCAAGCGCCUCAGAAGCUCCAAUACCGUGGACAAAAUGUGGCUGUUUACGAAUGCCUACAAGAACCACGGGCUACGCUGUGUAAGGCUGCUGGGAAUAGCGGAUCUCUUCGACGGAAUCACCUACUGCGAUUACGCGCAAGAGGAUAAUUUGGUCUGCAAACCCGACCCGGCGGCGUUCGAGCGCGCAAAGGUUCAGAGUGGUUUGGGCGACUACGCGAAUGCAUGGUUCGUGGAUGACAGUGGCAGCAACAUCAAGACAGGCCUUUCGCUGGGAAUUCGAAAGUGCAUUCAUUUGGUGGAGGAAGAAGUGGACGAGGAUUUGGGAAAAAAUCCGGAAGGCUCAAUCAUGAUAAAGACCAUUGAGGAUUUACCGCAAGCUGCGCCCGAAUUGUUUCAAUGA